CAGGACGGCGGGGCCAGGACGGCGGGGCCAGGACGGCGGGGCCAGGACGGCAGGACCAGCGCUGUGUCCCAGCAGGGCCGAGCCGGGCGGUGGGAGGAAGUCAGGAUGGUGGGGGAACGGCGCCCUGGGGACCUCAUGGUGCCCUUGGGGCCCCGGCUGCAAGCAUAUCCUGAAGAACUUCUUCGACAGCGGCCUGGGCAUGAUGGGCGUCCUGAAUACCUGAUCCGAUGGAGUGUCCUGAAGUGUGAGGAAGUGGGAAGAGUGGGUGUGGAAGAGGGCAAGGCAGAGCACAUCCUCAUGUGGCUGUCAGCCCCCGAGGUCUACGCCAACUGCCCCAUGUUGUUAGGUGAGCGGGCAUUACCUAAGGGACCUCAGCAUGAAACAGCUGGGGGUUCCGGAAGCUUUCCCCGAGAUCCGGGAGGCCUGGAUGAUGUGGCAAUGGGAGAGAUGGAGGCUGAUGUGCGGGCGCUGGUGCGCAGGGCUGCCAGGCAGCUGGCAGAAGGUGGGACCUCGAGCCUCACGGCCGCUGUGCUCCACACCAUCCAUGUGCUCAGCGCCUACGCCAGCAUCGGGCCCCUCACUGGUGUCUUCAGGGAGACAGGCGCCCUAGACCUGCUCAUGCACAUGUUGUGCAACCCUGAGCCUCAGAUCCGUCGGAGUGCGGGCAAGAUGCUGCAGGCGCUGGCAGCCCAUGAUGCUGGGAGUCGGGCUCACGUCCUUCUGUCACUGAGCCAGCAAGAUGGCAUCGAGCAGCACAUGGAUUUUGACAGCCGCUAUACUUUGCUGGAGCUGUUUGCAGAGACCACGUCUUCUGAGGAGCACUGCAUGGCCUUUGAGGGCAUUCAUCUGCCUCAGAUCCCAGGAAAGCUGCUCUUCUCCCUGGUGAAACGAUACCUAUGUGUCACUUCCCUGCUGGAUCAGCUGAAUAACAGUCCAGAGCCAGGGACUGGAGACCGAGGCUCCCGACCCUCAAGGGAGGAUUUUGGCCGGGAGAAAAGCCGGGGGCAGCGGGAGCUGGAGUUCAGUAUGGCUGUGGGCAACCUCAUCUCAGAGCUCAUGCGGAACAUGGGCUGGGCCCGGAACCUCAGUGAACAGGCCGCAUCGCCACCCCGGCCAACCCGGUCCAUCUUUCAGCCUGGCAUUUCAGGCCCCAGCCUUUUACUCCCCACCAACGUCGCCACCCCCAGGAGGCAAGGGCGGGCCUUCCGCCAGCGCGCUGAAUUCUCCAGCCGUAGUGGCUACGGCGAGUACGUGCAGCAGACCCUGCAGCCGGGCAUGCGAGUGCGGAUGCUGGACGAUUACGAGGAGAUCAGUGCCGGGGACGAGGGCGAGUUCCGGCAGAGCAACAAUGGCGUGCCCCCUGUGCAGGUCUUUUGGCAGUCAACGGGCCGCACCUACUGGGUGCACUGGCACGUGCUGGAGAUCCUGGGCCCCCAGGAAACUGCUGAGGAUAUGGCUUCAGCAGCUGUGGCCAAGGGGGCGGGGACCGCUGUGUUGGGCACAGCGCUUCCCUCCUGGGACUGGAAGGCGGUGGAUGGGCUCUACUCUUUGCCCUACCUCCAGCCCGAGCCUCAGAAGAACGAGAAACUGGGAUACCUGACCCAGGCUGAGUGGUGGGAGCUCCUCUUCUUCAUCAAGAAGUUGGAUGUAUGUGAGCAGCAGCCAAUUUUCCAGAAUCUUCGGGAGAACCUGGAUGAGACCCUGGGUGAGAAGGCCCUAGGUGAAAUCUCCGUGCCCAUAGCGAUGGCUGAGGGUCUGCUGCAGGUUCUCAGUAAUCGGUUUGAGGGCAGCGCCCUCAGCGACCUGCUCAACUCUCAGAUCUACACCAAGUACGGGCUGCCACCCAAGGCACUGAGCAGCUCGUCGUCUUCACGAAGUCACUCCAGUUCUCCAGUUCUGGAAGAGGAGUCCAAGUCAGAGGCCAACUUCUCAGAGGAAGAGGCUGAGUCCCCCAAAGCAAAGCCCCUUAAGUUAGAGGCAGAGCCUGCCAGGGGAAAAACUGAGCCCCCCAUGGCACAGAGUGAUUCGCAGCUGUUUAACCAGCUUCUGGUGACUGAGGGGAUAGCUUUGCCCGCCGAGAUGAAGGAGGCAGCCAGUGAAAUGGCUAGAGCCUUGCGGGGUCCUGGGCCACGCAGUUCCCUGGAUCAGCAUGUGGCAGCGGUCGUGGCCACCGUGCAGGUAUCCAGCUUGGACACAAAUCUGCAGCUUUCGGGACUCUAUGCCCUCUCUCAGGCCGUGGAGGAAGUCACUGAACGGGACCACCCUCUGGUCAGUCCCGACAGAUCCCUAAGAGAGAAGCUAGUGAAGACGCUGGUGGAGCUGCUGACCAACCAGGUGGGAGAGAAGAUGGUGGUGGUGCUGGCCCUGCGCCUCCUCUACCUGCUCAUGACCAAGCACGAGUGGCGUCCACUCUUCGCCAGGGAGGGUGGCAUCUACGCUGUGCUGGUUUGCAUGCAAGAAUAUAAGACUUCUGUCCUGGUGCAGCAGGCAGGGCUGGCGGCGCUGAAGAUGCUGGCCAUUGCCAGCUCCUCGGAGAUCCCCACUCUUGUUGCCGGCCGAGAUUCCAUCCACCCUUUGUUUGAUGCCCAGAUGACCAGGGAGAUCUUUGCCAGCAUUGACUCGGCCACACGCCUGGGCUCCGAGAGCCUGCUCCUCGCCGUCCCUGCUGCCGUGAUCCUGAUGCUGAACACGGAGGGGUGCUCCUCCGCGGUGAGAAACGGCCUGCUCCUCCUCAACCUGCUUUUGUGUAACCACCACACUCUGGGAGACCAGAUCAUAACCAGAGAGCUGAGAGACACCUUGUUUAGACACUCAGGGAUAGCACCGGGGACAGAAGCCAUGCCCACCACACGCACCAUCCUCAUGAUGCUUCUCAAUCGCUACUCGGAGCCACCGGGCAGUCCCGAGCGUGCAGCAGCACUGGAAACGCCUGGCGCCCAGGGCCAGGAUGGGUCCCCUGAGCUGCUGAUCCGAUCCCUGGUGGGGCGCCCGUCUGCAGAGCUCCUCCUGGACUUGGAGCGUGUGCUGUGCCGAGAGGGCAGCCCAGGGGGUGCCGUGAGACCUCUCCUCAGGCGCCUCCAGCAGGAGAGCCAGCCCUUCCUCCUGUUUCUGCGGACUCUGGACGCCCCCGGGCCCAACAAAACUCUGCUGCUGACGGCGCUGAGGGUCAUGACCCGGCUGCUGGAUCAUCCGGAGGCCAUGGUCCUUCCCUGGCACGAGGUCUUGGAGCCCUGCCUCAACUGUCUGAGUGGCCCUAGCAGUGACUUUGAGAUUGUUCAGGAGCUGCUCUGCUUCCUGUAUCGCCUGGCCUCCAUGCACAAAGACUAUGCAGUGGUGCUCUGCUGCCUGGGAGCCAAAGAGGCCCUGGCCAAAGUCCUGGUCAAACACCCGGCUCAACUGCUGCUGGCCUGUGAGCUGCGGGACCUGGUGACAGAGUGUGAGAAACACGCCCAGCUCUAUAGUAACCUCACCUCCAGCAUCCUGGCUGGCUGCAUUCAGAUGGUGCUGGGCCAGAUCGAAGACCACAGACGAACUUACCGCCCCAUCAACAUCCCCUUCUUUGACGUGUUCCUUAGGCAUCUCUGCCAGGGCUCCAGCGUGGAGGUGAAGGAGGACAAGUGCUGGGAGAAGGUGGAGGUGUCCUCCAACCCGCACCGGGCCAGCAAGCUGACAGACCGCAACCCCAAGACCUACUGGGAGUCCAACGGCAGCACCGGCUCCCACUACAUCACCCUACACAUGCACCGCGGUGUUCUUGUUAGGCACCCUGCAAGGGUCUGGAGCUGCGCGGACAGUAAGAUAAGGGACCUGUCUUCAGGGAACUUACAGUCUUGUUGGGGAGCCAGGCUGGAAAAUCAGCAGCUGACUCUUCUGGUGGCCAGCGAGGACUCAAGUUACAUGCCGGCCAGGGUGGUGGUGUUUGGGGGUGACGGUGUCAGCUGCAUCAGCACGGAGCUCAACACGGUGAACGUGAUGCCCUCCGCCAGCCGGGUGGUCCUCCUGGAGAACCUGAACCGCUUCUGGCCUGUCAUCCAGAUCCGCAUAAAGCGCUGCCAGCAGGGCGGCAUUGACACCCGGGUUCGGGGCGUGGAGGUCCUGGGCCCCAAGCCCACUUUCUGGCCACUAUUCCGAGAGCAGCUGUGUCGCCGUACAUGUCUCUUCUACACAAUUCGGGCGCAAGCCUGGAGCCGGGACAUUGCAGAGGACCGCAAGCGCCUCCUCCAGCUCUGCCCCAGACUGAACAGGGUUUUGCGUCACGAGCAGAAUUUUGCCGAUCGAUUCCUCCCUGACGACGAGGCCGCCCAAGCACUGGGCAAGACCUGCUGGGAGGCCCUGGUCAGCCCCCUGGUGCAGAACAUCACCUCCCCGGAUGUGGAAGGUGUGAGCUCCCUGGGGUGGCUGCUGGAUCAGUACUUAGAGCAAAGAGAGAGCUCUCGGAACCCCCUGAGUCGAGCAGCAGCCUUUGCCUCUCGAGUCCGUCGCCUUUGCCACUUGCUGGUGCACGUGGAGCCUCCUCCUGGGCCUUCUCCUGAACCGUCCACUCGGCCCUUCAGCAAGAACAGUAAGGGUCAGGACCGGAGCCCUGGGCCUUCACCAGUUCUUCCAAGCAGCAGCCUGAGGAACAUAACCCAGUGCUGGCUGAGUGUGGUGCAGGAGCAGGUCAGCAGGUUCCUGGCUGCGGCCUGGAGGGCGCCAGACUUCGUGCCCCGCUACUGUAAACUCUAUGGGCGCUUGCAGAGAGCAGGCUUGGAGCUCUUCGGGCCCCGAGCAGCCUUCAUGCUGGCCCUGCGCAGCGGCUUCUCGGGCGCCUUGCUACAGCAAUCCUUCCUCACCGCUGCCCACAUGAGUGAGCAGUUUGCCAGGCACAUCGACCAGCAGAUCCAGGGUGGCCUGAUGGGUGGAACUCCUGGAGUGGAAAUGCUGGGACGGCUCCAGUGGCACCUGGAGCCCAUCAUGGUCCUCUCUGGCCUGGAGCUGGCCACGACUUUUGAGCACUUCUACCAGCACUACAUGGCGGACCGUCUCCUGAGCGUGGGCUCGAGCUGGCUGGAGGGGGCCGUGCUGGAGCAGAUCGGCCCCUGCUUCCCCAACCGCCUCCCCCAGCAGAUGUUGCGGAGCCUGAGCACCUCGGAGGAGCUGCAGCGCCAGUUCCAUGUGUACCAGCUCCAACAGCUGGACAAGCUGCUCUUGGAGCAGGAGGAUGAGGAGGAACAGGGCCUGGAAGAAGAGGAGGAGGAAGAGGAGGAAGAGAAGGCUGAGAAAGAACUAUUUAUCGAAGAUCCAAGUCCAACAGUUUCUGUACUGGUCCUGUCACCACGCUGCUGGCCGGUCUCUCCACUCUGCUACCUGUACCAUCCCAGAAAGUGCCUUCCCACAGAAUUCUGUGAUGCCCUUGACCACUUCUCCAAUUUCUACAACCAGAGCCAGAACCAUCCAGUCCUGGAUAUGGGACCACAUCGGCGACUGCAGUGGACAUGGCUGGGCCGGGCUGAGCUGCAGUUUGGGGACCAGACGCUGCAUGUGUCCACCGUGCAGAUGUGGCUGCUGCUGAAUUUCAAUCAGACGGAGGAGGUGUCAGUAGAGGCUUUGCUGAAGAAUUCUGACCUCAGCCCCAAGCUGCUGCUCCAGGCACUCCUGCCCCUCACCGCUGAUAGCGGCCCUUUGACCCUGCAGGAGGGUCAGGACUUCCCACGUGGGGGUGUGCUGCAGCUCCGUGAGCCUGGGCUCUGGCCCCACGGGGAGGCCCUGUGGCUGCUACCUCCCCAGACGUACCUGAACGUAGAGGAGGAUGAGGGCCAAACCCUGGAGCAGAAGAGGAACCUCUUGAGCUGUCUUCUUGUCCGUAUUCUCAAAGCCCACGGAGAGAAGGGCCUCCACAUCGACCAGCUGGUUUGUCUGGUGCUGGAGGCCUGGCAGAAGGGUCCAAAUCCGCCUGGAAGCCUGGGCCGUGCUGUUGCCGGGGGCGUGGCCUGUACCAGCACCGAUGUCCUCUCUUGCAUCCUGCACCUCCUGGGCCAGGGCUACGUGGAACGGCGGGAUGACCGCCCCCAGAUCCUGAUGUAUGCCAGCCCAGAGCCCAUGGGGCCCUGCCGAGGUCAGGCAGAGGUCCCCUUAUGUGGCAGCCAGACCUCUGAGACCUCCAAGCCUAGCCCGGAAGUUGUGGCUGCCCUGGCAUCCCUACAGCUGCCUGCGGGCCGCACCAUGAGCCCCCAGGAGGUGGAAGGGUUGAUGGAGCACACGGUGAGGCAGGUGCAGGAGACGCUGAACCUAGAGCCAGACGUGGCUCAGCACCUUCUGGCUCAUUCCCAUUGGGGCGCCGAACAGCUGCUGCAGCGCUACAGCGAUGACCCCGAGCCACUGCUGCUGGCGGCCGGGCUGUGCGUCCCCCAGGCCCAGGCUGCCCCUGCACGCCCGGACCACUGCCCUGUGUGUGUCAGCCCCCUGGAGCCCGACGACGACUUGCCCUCUCUGUGCUGCAUGCACUACUGCUGUAAGUCUUGCUGGAAGGAGUACCUGACAACUCGAAUUGAGCAGAACCUUGUGCUGAACUGCACCUGCCCCAUUGCCGACUGCCCCGCCCAGCCCACGGGGGCCUUCAUCCGCACCAUCAUCUCCUCGCCAGAGGUCAUCUCCAAGUACGAGAAGGCCCUCCUGCGUGGCUACGUGGAGAGCUGUGCCAACCUGACCUGGUGCACCAACCCCCAGGGCUGCGACCGCAUCCUGUGCCGCCAGGGCCUGGGCUGUGGGACCAGCUGCUCCAAGUGUGGCUGGGCCUCCUGCUUCAACUGUAGCUUCCCUGAGGCGCACUACCCUGCCAGCUGUGGCCACAUGUCUCAGUGGGUGGACGAUGGUGGCUACUACGAUGGCAUGAGCGUGGAGGCCCAGAGCAAGCAUCUGGCCAAGCUCAUCUCCAAGCGCUGUCCCAGCUGUCAGGCUCCCAUCGAGAAGAACGAGGGGUGUCUGCACAUGACUUGUGCCAAAUGCAACCAUGGAUUCUGCUGGCGCUGCCUCAAGUCCUGGAAGCCAAAUCACAAAGACUAUUACAACUGCUCUGCCAUGGUGAGCAAAGCAGCUCGCCAGGAGAAGCGGUUCCAGGACUAUAAUGAGAGGUGUACUUUCCAUCACCAGGCCCGGGACUUUGCUGUGAACUUGCAGAACCACGUGUCUGCCAUCCACGAGGUCCCCCCGCCCAGAUCCUUCACCUUCCUCAGCGACGCCUGCCGGGGUCUCGAGCAGGCUCGAAAGGUGCUGGCCUACGCCUGCGUGUACAGCUUCUACAACCAGGACACGGAGCACAUGGACGUGGUGGAACAGCAGACCGAGGCCCUGGAGCUGCACACCAACGCCCUGCAGAUCCUCCUGGAAGAGACCCUGCUGCGCUGCAGAGACCUGGGCUCCUCGCUGCGCCUCCUGCGGGCGGAGCACCUCAGCACGGGCCUGGAGCUGCUGCGGCGGAUCCAGGAGCGGCUGCUGGCCAUCCUGCAGCACUCCACCCAGGAUUUCCGGGUUGGUCUCCAGAGCCCAUCAUCAGAGGCCCGGGAGGUGAAAGGAUCCAACGUGCCUGGCAGUCAGCCCCAGGGCUCCUCGGGGCUGCAGGUGGAGGAGGAGGAGGAGGACGACGACGAGGACGAUGUGCCUGAGUGGCAGCAGGAUGAGUUUGAAGAGGAGCUGGACAAUGACAGCUUCUCCUAUGACGAGGAGUCUGAGAACCUGGACCGAGAGACUUUCUUCUUUGGCGACGAGGAGGAAGACGACGAGGGCUACGAUUGAGGGGUAGGAUGCAGGGAGCGCUGGAGCCGCCAGAGUCCUGGGGCCACGGGCUCAGGAGUGCACCCUUCCCCCUGUCGUGAGGGUAGGCGGUUACCAGUGUCUGCGGCACCGUCUUCUGUUCACUGAAUAAACUUCUUUUUUUCAUAUA